GCACAACUGUGGCCUUGACUGCCAUGAUGGGCGUGAUCAUGAUUGCUCGGUUGCAUGCCAUGUAUCAGGGAUCUAGAACGAUGCUUAUGUUCCUUGUUAUUAUCUUCCUGGUUGUAAACAUUGCCUGCGCAGUAAUUGCGGCAAUAGGACUCAACAAUACUGUACUUGAGGAGGAGAUACUCGAUGGCAUAUAUAUGUGCGGUGAUGUAUAUGGAGGGGACAACCAGCUUCUUAUUUUGAUGCCUUGGAUGCUCAACACUGUUUGGGAGGUCCUCGUACUGUGUCUUUCAGUCUGGGUUGGCGUGAAACACUUCCGUGAGCUGCGACGACUCGGCCCAUCGACAGGAUCGACCAUUGGGGACUGUUUCAAAGUGCUCCUACAAUCUCACAUUCUUUAUUUUGCAAGCUUUGUUGGUGUGUCUUGCCUCCAGAUUUCUGCUCUCUCUCCAGUAAUCUCGAAUACAAAUUCUAUUGGAGCUCAGAUACUCAAUGGUGCUCUUCAAAUUUCAUUGGUCGUGCAGAUGUUUGUGCUGGGACCUUGUCUCAUCCUGAGCGUUCGAGAAUACCACACCAAACUCGUGGCAUACUCUGAUGCAGAAACUAGCAUGAAUUUGAUUGUUUUCCAGGAGCGUGUACAUGUAUCGACUAGCAGUACUGUGUAGGGAAAUGCUUUGCCGAGUGGUCUGCAGGGAGGAGAAAUUUGGUGGAGGAUCCGUCGUGGUAUUUAUUUAUCAUAUGAUGUUUCGCAGUAUAUUUGAAAGGUCCAGGCAAACCCUGUUUCUUGUUGUAUCACUACUGGAACGAAGUACCCGUGCUUGAACCAAGUGGUAAGGGGAAAUUAUCCGGAACGACUAGCAACCAAAUUGGUCCUUGAUGACCGAUGUUGAAAUACAACGAGAAUCAGUAAAAGUGCCUUGACAGCUGAUUCUGUGUGUUGGUGUUCCACUGUCUGGACAUAUACACUGCGAA